AAGGGCGCCUGGUGAGAAUCACGUCAAGUCAUCAUCAUCGCGUAUCCAAUGCAACAGCGGCAUCGACUCUUCCCCUCUGUUAAUUUGGGCAGCAUCAGCACAAAGUCCGACUCAUCAGCGAGUUCCAAUUGGUCACUAUUCUUGGGGCUGUUGUGUUACCAUCAUACUUCCAUAAAAGUUAGCUCCGGUGUGGAUCUGGAGCUUGUCAGUGUUGUUUUUUCAACCUAGAGUUUACAGGGCGACAACAGAACUUACAUGAAGAUACAACGAUAUUCUUUUUAUCAUAAAUCGGGCCUUUUCUUUUGAUGUUACGACUACAAUAACAGUUGCUAAGCGACGAUGGAGAUUUCGUCAGAUGAAAACGGCUAUGAAAGCCUGGAUGAUACUCAACUAGAGAAUGACAAUGGUGAAAGAGCCAAUGAUUCGGUUCAUCCAGAUUCAGCUCCCAGGUAUACAGUUCCUUCUCGCGCCAUUGGUGCUGUAGAAAUCCCUGCUGUGGUUGAAAACAUCGACCGUACUGUCAAGGCGUUCGGUCGAGUACCGAAUCUCCAACAUGUCAUUGAUGCAGGGAGAAAUUCGAUUCCUCUCUAUUUGACACCAGAGAUACCCUUCUGCAAGCCCAUUAUGUCACAUAAUGCCCGCAGUCAUAAUGUCGUGUUGAAGAUCACUGUUCCAAAACGAACUGGGCGUAAGCGCAAGCGUGGUACUGAUGGACCAUGGGAAGGAGAUGUUGAAAUCAACGACGCUGAGGAUCAGCCGCAAGAAAAUGACAGAGUCUCGUCUUACGCCAGAUUAGACGAUCCCAAAGUAUUGCGCCGAACAAUGGCAGACAAUGUCGACAAGUAUCAGGUCGAAGCAGUUGGUGUUAUCCGGAACACACAUCGAUUUCGUGGACUUGCAGACUUUUACUGGGAUAUGUCCAAAUCGUCAUUUGCGCAACAAUAUGUGGACAAGGUUCUCCCUGGAGAUGUUGAAAAGAUCAAAGAGUUCAAGUUCCAGCCCGGAACUGACAAAGGACCAAAUGUCGAUAUUCUACCACCACCUAUGUUUACACACAUGAGCCUCCCUUUCAACUACCAAUACUCACAGAACCCUUACGUUCGUGCCACUGAAGAUGGCGGUACAGUCAACACUACAGCCGUGAAGCAAGUCGGUUAUUUCAUUGGCGCAGAAGACCCUGCACCAGCUGGACCUCAACUCGAACCCGAUAUGACCGAUCCUAGAAUGGUGGAAAUUAUGGCUGAACUCGAAGCGGCCUUCGACGAGCGGCCAGUGUGGACACGGCGGUCUUUACUCAAUCACCUUGGAGGCAAACUCAAGAAUUGGAACGAACUCAAAAAGUAUCUCAACUACGCAGCUUAUCAGUUCAAGGGAGGGCCAUGGAGAGAUGGUGUGGUUCCUUAUGGUAUCGAUCCACGAACUGAUCCCAAGUAUCGAACCUAUCAAACUCUUAUGUUUAAGCUUCCCAAGCAGAAGCGUGCCCAACGCGGUCAGACGUGGAAAUCUCUACGCAAGGUCCAGAUGGGCCCAUUGAAGGAAUUUCUAGAGGAGCUCUCGGAAAGCCACGUUUUUGACGGCGACACCUUUCACACUGACGGUAAAGUGUGGCAAGUAUGCGAUAUUACCGACCCACUGCUCAAAGAUCUUCUUGAGAAUGCUGCUAUCCGUCCCGAAUGGGACCCAAGCAGCGGAUGGUAUCACGGAGGUCUUUGGGCAAAGGUCAAAGCCAUCAUGAAGACAAAGCUUGUUGCCAUUCAAUUCGAUCGGCACCUUACGCGAGAAGAUUUCGCAAUGACGCUACAAGCAGGAGACGAAACUCCCAUGCGAUCCAAUCAAGCAACGUUCCAUCUCCCUCUGCCUAAUCUACGUCUCACCGACGAAGAGCUUACGCAACUUCGCGGGCGGCAACCAACAAAGAAGAACAAGCAUAAAGGUUACAGCGUGCGUGUCAGGGACCCCAACGCAGGACCAAAGCGUGCUCCAGCUGAGGAAACCCGCGCGGCUGAGCGGGGAGAAGAAGAGGCUAGGAUAUUGGAGGAGAUGGGAUCCGGAAAUGAAGAUUCGGAUGAUGAGGAUUCAGGGAAUGACGAAGAUGGUGACAUGACAGCUGUACAGGACGAGGACAUAGACAGAGAGAUGAUGUAUGGAUGAGAGGCCAAUACGGUUACCAGAAAUAGUAUCGAGCAAAUAAUAUCCAAUUGCAGCAUGCAGUCAGCUGUAAACCAGCAAAGGGGAAACGCACUCAUCAAACAAUUCCCUGUCACGAUUGUGCUUGU